AUGAGGUGGUGUUUCUCUCUCCUUCUGUGUGUGUGUGUGUGCAGGAUCCUGCUACAGAAGGACUACGGUUUCCUGCGGGACAUUAACGUGUGGCAUCCGUUCGUCACCGUCGGGGUUUAUUCCUCCACACUGUCAGCAGCCAUGAGUAACCUGAUCGGGGCUUCACGAAUACUCUUCGCCCUCGCCAGAGAUGACCUGUUCGGAAGAGUUCUGUCUCCAGCUAAACGCACCUCUGCCAGUGGGAACCCCUGGGUGUCUGUGCUGAUCUCCUGGUUCCUGGUGCAGCUGGUGCUGUUCUCCGGGAAGCUAAACACCAUCGCCAGUAUCGUCACCAUCUUCUUCCUGCUGGUGUACGCCGCUGUGGAUCUGGCCUGUCUGGCGCUGGAGUGGGCGUCCGCUCCUAACUUCAGGCCGACGUUCAGGUACUUCACCUGGCAUACUUGUGUUCUGGGCAUCAUUGGCUGUGCAGUGAUGAUGUUUCUGAUCAACGCCAUCUACGCCUCCGCCAGCAUCGCCUUCAUGCUGCUGCUGCUGCUGCUCAUACACUACCUGAGUCCUGUCAGCAGUUGGGGGUGUAUCAGCCAGGCACUCAUAUUCCACCAGGUGCGCAAAUACCUGCUGAUGCUGGAUGUGCGGAAGGAUCAUGUGAAGUUUUGGAGGCCUCAGGUGCUGCUGAUGGUGUCGAACCCCAGGUGCAGCGUGGGAUUGAUCACCUUCAUCAACCACAUUAAGAAGAGUGGCCUAUAUGUGCUGGGACACGUGCAGCUCGGAGACCUGGACGUUCUGCCGUCUGAUCCUCUGCAGGCUCAGUAUGACUCCUGGUUGUCUCUGGUGGAUCAUCUGAAUAUUAAAGCGUUUGUUAAUCUCACGCUGGCCGACUCUAUCAGACAUGGAGUUCAACACCUGCUGUUCAUAUCAGGCCUCGGUGGAAUGAGACCCAAUACUCUGGUUCUGGGUUUCUAUGAUGACGCUCCACCUCAGGACCAGCUCCAGGACUCCAGUCUGUCCAUGAGCAAAUUUUUGGACAAUUCCUCUCAAAACGAUGACCCGGAAGACCAAGACGAGCCACCGUUUCAUUUCCCACCAGUGCGAGGGGGCGUGGCCAUAGGCAGGGGCGGGGUUUGGGGCGGGAAAUCUCUCGGCCCUCAGGAAUACGUUUGCAUAAUCGCAGACGCAGUUAAAAUGCUGAAAAAUGUAGCGCUGGCGCGGUAUUUUGGUCAGUUUGAUCAUACACACGCCCUGCAGGGUCCGAUAUUCGUAGAUGUUUGGCCUGUAAACCUCCUGCGUCCUGAUAGCGCUGCGUAUGUCGACACAUGCUCGCUUUUUUUGCUUCAACUCGCCUGUAUUCUCAGCAUGACGAGGGCAUGGCAGAAAGCGAGACUCCGCCUCUUUUUAUGUGUGGAGGAGGGGCGGAGCCUAAAGGGCACAGAGCAGAAACUCGGACACCUGUUGAAGGAUCUUCGGAUGAAGGCAGACAUUUGUACGGUUCCCUGGGAUUCGGAAGUGGCGCUUCAUUGGCAGCGGCAAACAGGAAUGGAUAAAAAUGAAAAAGAGGAGGAGCCAGAAAGCGAAGAAGGUGGAGUCGAAGCUGAUAAAUUCUUCUCAAACAGUUUUCAGAGUAACACCUCGCGAGUUUCAGAUGAGUAUUUACAGGCUGUCAAUAAGCUGAUCCUGGAGCAGAAGCUCCGCCCACCUGCCGUCCGCUUUCUAUAUUUGCCCCGCCCCCCUGCGGAUACAAGCAGAUACAGCGAUUAUCUGAAUCAGCUGGAGCUGCUGACCAGGAACCUGGGCCCGACGCUCCUGAUCCACGGGGUCACGCCGGUCAUCACCACUGACCUCUGAUGCUCCUGUUCUAGAUUAUUCCUAAACAAAAAUUCUGGAAAAGCGCACAUUUUCCUACAUUUUCAUUUUUUAUUGUUUCAAGCACUUCGCAUGUUUACUUCGGAUCACGGUAUAGAUCAAGAAUAACCAUUCCUUCUCUUUCUAUUGCUGGAAAUUCUUCUUCAGCUUUUCCUUUCUGAAUGUAACAAGUGGAAUUCCAGAAUGUUCCGCAAUAUUCCCACUCUGAGCUUAGAGUUGUCAACAUUCCUUUGAUGUUCCAUUUUAUCGGAAUUUCAAAUUGUUCCAGAAUGUUGCGUCUCUGAAAGCACAACUCUUGGAAUUCCAGUGCUAUUCCGGAAUUAUCCUCGAAUAAGGAAAAACAUUCCGGAAUGCUUAGUUUUUUUUAGAAUUGAUUGUCACAUUUUCACAAAAUCAAAACAAAAUAACGUUCUGGAAAAAAAAGCUGGACAUUCUGGUGCUUUUCCUGAAUAUUUAUCCAAUAUUCAUGGAAGCAAAAACUGGAACAUGUCAGGAUAUUUUUAGCCACUUGGAAAGCAUUUUGCAUUUUUACAUCUGCUGCUUUUCCUGAUUGUUUUCCCUAAGACAGAUGUAACAAGUGAAAUUCCAGAAUGUUCCGCAAUAUUCCCACAUUGAGCUCAGAACUGUCAUCAUUCAUUUGAUGUUAUUUUUUUUCCUGAAUUCCUAAUUUUUCCAGAAUGUUGCGUCUCUGAAAGCACAACUCUUGGAAUUCCAGUGCUAUUCCGGAAUUAUCCUCGAGUAAGGAAAAACAUUCCGGAAUGCAUAGUUUUUUAAGGACUGAUUAAGUCACAUUUUCACAAAAUCAAAACAAAGUAACGUCCUGGGAAAAAAAACUGGACAUUCUGGUGCUUUUCCUGGAUAUUUAUCCAAUAUUUAUGGAAGCAAAAACCGGAACAUGUUAGGAUGUUAUUAGCCACUCGGAAAGCAUUUUGCAGUUUUACAUCCAGUGCUACUCCUGAAUGUUUUCCCUAAGACAGAUGUAACAAGUGAAAUUCCAGAAUAUUCCCACAUUGAGCUCAGAACUGUCAUCAUUCAUUUGAUGUUAUUUUUUUUCGGAAUUCCUAAAUGUUUCAGAAUGUUGCAUCUCUGAAAGCUCAACUCCUGAAAUUCCAGAGCUAUUCUGGAAUUAUCCUUGAAUAAGGAAAAGCACUCUGGAACACAUUGUUCUUUAAGGACUGUUCACAUUUUCACAAAAUUGAAAACAAAAUGACAUUCUGAAAAAGCUGGACAUUCCUGGUGCUUUUCCUAAAUAUUUAUUUAAUAUUUAUUGCAGCAAAACUCCGAAAGUCACUCCGAAAGCAUUAAGCAUUUUUACAUCUGCUGCUUUUCCUGAGUGUUUUCCUUAAGACAGAUGCAACAAGUGCAAUUCCAGAAUGUUCCCAAAUAUUCCCACUCUGAGCUCAGAACUGUCAAUAUUCCUUUGUGCUUUCUUUUUUAUGGAAUUCCAAAACAUUCCAGGUUGUUGCGUCUCUGAAAGCACAACUUUUCAAUUUUCAGUGCAAUUCAGAAAUGUUUUUCCGAAUUCAAGGAUAAGGAUGCAUUUCCACACCAUAACAAGUAGUGGAAUUCAUCCGUCUCUGAGCUCAUGAUGCCAACUCGUAUUAUAUUGUUUUUAGGAUUAUUUUAGUCACAUUUUCACAAAAACAAAACAAAGUGACUUUCUAGAAAAUAACCUGGCACUCUGGUGCUAUUCCUGAAUAUUUAUCCAAUAUUUAUGGCAGCAAAAACCGGAAAGUGUUAGGAUGUUUUCCUUAAGAGAGAUGUAACAAGUGCAUUUCAAGAAUAUUCCCAGGUAUUCCCACUCUGAGCUCAGAACUGUCAACAUUCCUUUAAUGUUCCAUUUUUUUUUUCACAAUUCCGAAAUAUUCAAGAAUGUUGCGUCUCUGAAAGCACAACUCUUGAAAUUCCAGUGCUAUUCCGCACUUAUCCUUGAAUAAGGAAAAACUCUCCGUAACUUUUUUUUUUUGAUUAUUUUAGUCACAUUUUCACAAAAACAAAACAAAGUGACAUUCUGAAAAAGCUGGACAUUCCUGGUGCUUUUCCUAAAUAUUUAUUUAAUAUUUAUAGCAGCAAAACUCCGAAAGUCACUCCGAAAGCAUUUAGCAUUUUUACAUCUGCUGCUUUUCCUGAAUGUUUUCCUUAAGACAGAUGCAACAAGUGCAAUUCCAGAAUGUUCCCAAAUAUUUCCACUCUGAGCUCAGAACUGUCAAUAUUCCUUUGAUGUUCCAUUUUUUUUUUCACAAUUCCAAAAUAUUCCAGAAUGUUGCGUCUCUGAAAGCACAACUCUUGAAAUUCCAGUGCUAUUCCGGACUUAUCCUUGAAUAAGGAAAAACUCUCCAUAACUUUUUUUAGGAUUAUUUUAAUCACAUUUUCACAAAAACAAAACAAAGUGACAUUCUGAAAAAAGCUGGACAUUCUGGUGCUUUUCCUAAAUGAUUAUCCUAAAAAUAUUUAUGGCAGCAAAAACUGGAACAUGUUAGGAUAUUUUUUGACACCUGGAAAGCAUUUUGCAUUUUUACUUCCAGUGCUUUUCCUGAAUGUUUUCCCUAAGACAGAUGUAACAAGUGAAAGUCCAGAAUGUUCCGGAAUAUUCCCACUUUGAGCUCAGAGCUGUGAACAUUCCUUUGUUGCAUUUUAUCAGAAUUCCAAAUUGUUCCAGAAUGUUGCAUCUCUGAAAGCUCAGCUCCUGCAAUUCCAGUGCUAUUCCAGAAUUAUCCUUGCAUAAGGAAAAGCAUUCUGAAACUUUUUUUUUUUAGGAUUAUUUUGAUCGCUGGACCAGUAAGCUGGACAUUCCCGGUGCUUUUCCUAAAUAUUUAUCCAAUAUUUAUGGCAGCAAAACUGGAAUGUUUUAUGAUGUUUUCCAUCAUUCUGAAAGCGUUUUGUAUUAUUACAUCUGGUGCUUUUCAUGAAUGUUUUCCUUGAGAGAGAUGUAACAAGUGCAAUUCCGGAAUGUUCCCAAAUAUUCCAAUUCUAAGCUCAGAACUAUCAACAUUUCUUUGCGGUUUCAUUUUUUUUAAAUCCCAAAAUAUUUCAGCAUUUUGAAAAGUUCUGAGAGCACAACUCUUGCAAUUCCAGUGCAAAUCCGAAAUGUUUUUCUUUUCUUUUUUUAAGGAUAAGGAUGUAUUUUAACACCAAAACAAGAAGUGGGAAUUACAAAAUAUUCCAGAUUGUUGCGUCUCUGAAAGCUCAACUCUUGUUGUGCUAUUCUGGAAUGUUUUUCCGUAUUCAAGGAUAAGGAUGCACUUCCACACUGUAACAAGUGGUGAAAUUCAUCCAUCAUUUUGGGAAAAAAGCUGGACAUUUCAGUGCUUUUCCUAAAUAUUUACCCUAAAAAUAUUUAGGGCAGCAAAAAAACUGGAAUGUGUUGGGAUGUUUUAGUCACUCGGAAAGCAUUUUUACAUCCAGUGCUUCUCCUGACGGUUUUCCUUAAGAGAGAUGUAGAGAGUGCAAUUCCGGAAUGUUGCAGAAUAUUCCCACUUUCAGCUCAGAGUUGUCAACAUUCCUUUGAUGUUCCAUUGAUUGUUCUAUAAUGUUGCGUCUCUGAAAGCUCAACUCUUGGAAUUCCAGUGCUAUUGUGGAAUUAUCCUUGAAUAAGGAAAAACAUUCUGGAACGCAACCCAGAAUGUUGACUCAGAGCUCAUCCAGUACUAUUCAACAAUAUUUUAGCUAAUAAUGACAAAGGCUUGAAUGUAUUCCCUUUUAUUCACUAUGGAAGUAGUUCACUUUAUUAUUAUUAUUAUUAUUAUUAUUAUUAUUAUUAUUAUUAUUAUUAUUAUUAUUAUUAUUAUUAUUAUUAUUAUUAUUAUUAUUAUUAUUGUAAUAAGUGGAAUUCCUAGAUGUUGCCACUAAGUUCAAAACUUCAUCAUUCUGACUUAUUUUCCUUAUUUUUUUCCUUUUGACCAGAAUUUCCAGGAAUUUGGAAUUCCGAGAUAUGCUUGAUCAUCUCCUUUGUGAGCUCUAAACUCUUGACCAUCCAGUGCCUUUCCUGAGUCUUUUUUCCCAAGCAAAAACUGGAAUGUUUUAGGGAUGUUUGUAAAAUCCUCUCCAAAGUUUUUUCUGAAAUUGAAAUUUCUGGAAUUCUCCAAUGUUUCCACACUAAGUUCAUAAAUUAUGGCAUUCCAGUUCUUUUCCGGUGAAUUCCUGGAAGUCCAGAAUAUUGACCCAGAGCUCGUCCAGUACUAUUACUGAAUAUCUUACCUCAUAACAACAAAAUCUGGAAUGUAUUCCCUAUUUUAGCCACUAUAAAAGUAUUGUUAUUAUUAAUUGUUAUCAUUAAAAUAAGUGGAAUUCCCAGAUGUUGCCACUAAACUCCAAACUUUAAUUAUUCUGACAAUUUUCCUAAUUUUUUCCCUUUGACUAGUGUGAAAUUCAGGAAUAUUCUGUAAUGUUGCCUCUGUAAUCGCUAAACUCUUGACCGUCCAGUGCUUUUGAGGAUUUCUUUUUCCAUCUAAAUCUGGAAUUUUUUAGGGAAUUUCUUUAAUCCUUUCCGAAGUUUUUUUCUGAAAUUGAAAUUUCUGAAAUUCCCGAAUGUUUCCACACUAAAUUCAUAUAUUAUGGCAUUCCAGUUCUUUUCCGGUGAAUUCCUGGAAUUCCAGAAUGUGGACUCGGAGCUCAUCCAGUUCUAUUACUCAAUAUUUUACCUCACAACAACAAAAUCUGGAAUGUAUUCCCUCUUCUAACCACUAUGGAAGUAUUUUUAUUAUCACAAUAAUAACAAGUUAAAGUUCAAAACUUUAAUCAUUCUGACUGAUUUUCUUUAGUUUUUCCUGUUGACUAUUGAAAUUUGGGAAUAUUCUGUAAUGUUGAGUCUCUGUGAGCUCUGACCUCUUGACUGUCCAGUUCCUUUUCUGAGUAUUAAUCCUCUCCAAACUUUGUACUGACAUUGAAAUAUCUACAAUUCUCCAAUGUUUCCACACUAAAUUCUUAAAUUACAGCAUUCCAGUUCUUUUCCGGUCAAUUCCUAGAAUUCCAGAAUGUUGACUCGGAGCUCAUCCAGUGCUAUUACUCAAUAUUUUAGCUAAUAACAACACAGACUGCAAUGUAUUCCCUCUUUUAGCCUUUUUUAUUAUUACAAAAACAACAAGUAACAAGUGACUUUCCAAACUGUUGGCACUAAGCUCAAAACUUGAAUCAUUCUGACUGAUUUUCCCUUUUUUCCCUUUUGACUAUUGGAGUUCCAUAAUAUUCCGUAAUGUUGCCUCUGUGAGCUCUGGACUCUUGACCUUACGGUGCUUUUCCUAAGUACACCUGGAAUGUUUUAGAGAUUUAGUUUUUUAGCUAGUUCAAAGGUUUUUUGAAACUAAAAUUUCUGAAAUUCCAGAAUGUUUACACACUAAAUUCAUAAAUUAUGCCAAUCCAGUUCUUUUCCGGUGAAUUCCUGGAAGUCCAGAAUGUGGACUCGGAGCUCAUCCAGUACUAUUCCUCAAUAUUUUACCUCAUAACAACAAAAUCUGGAAUGUAUUCCCUAUUUUAGUCACUAUAAAAGUAUUGUUAUUAUUAAUUGUUAUUAUUAAAAUAAGUGGAAUUCCCAGAUGUUGCCACUAAACUCCAAACUUUAAUUAUUCUGACAAUUUUCCUCAUUUUUUUCCCUUUGACUAGUGUGGAAUUCAGGAAUAUUCUGUAAUGUUGCCUCUGUGAGCUCUGGACUCUUGACCUUCCAGUGCUUUUCCUAAGUACACCUGGAAUGUUUUAGAGAUUUUGUUUUUUAGCUAGUCCAAAGGUUUUUCUGAAACUGAAAUUUCUGAAAUUCCCCAAUGUUUACACACUAAAUUCUUAAAUUACAGCACUCCAGUUCUUUUCCGGUGAAUUCCUGGAAGUCCAGAAUGUGGACUCAGAGCUCAUCCAGUACUAUUCCAUAAUAUCUUAGCUAAUACCGAUAAAGACUGGAAUGCAUUCCCUCUUUUAGCCACUACAGAAGUAUUUCACUUUAUUAUUAUUAUUAUUAUUAUUAUUAUUAUUGUAAUUCCAAAUUGCCACCAAGCUCAAAACUUUAAUCAUUCUGACUGAAUUUCCGGAAUAUUCUGUAAUGUUGAGCCUCUGUGAGCUCUCUUUCCGGUGCUUUUCCUGAGUAUUUCUUCCAACAAAAACUGUAAUAUUUUAGCCACUCCGGAAGCAUUUAGCAUUGUUUUGCGAGUGUGUUUGUUUACGUGAUGCAAUAAUAAUGUUUUUACAGCCAAGACUCCAGGCCACUGUGAUUUUACAGUAAGCUGUUUUAAUGAAACCAAAGUGCUUUAUGUUUGUGUGUGUGUGUGUGUGUGUAAAGGGCUCCAUAUGUGCCUUACAUAACAAAAUACAAAACAGAAACACACACGACUACCAAACAUGACAAAAUACCUCCAAGCGCAGGUACGAAAUCCCACUCCAUUUUGUGUUUGUAUUGUUUUUAAUAUGCAAUGAUUUUAAGCACUGGACAAUUUAAGUAUGUUUAAAAAAUUGAGAUUGUUCAUAAUUGAAUAAAAAUAAAUGA